AUGGCUGGUCAAAAGAGAGGACGUGAAGAUCAAGAGAGACACGGUAUCAGACUACCCGAUGGUGAUGGUGAUGAUACCUCCAGAUUCAAAUUUGGUGAAGGAAACUACAAGAAGAAACAAAAAACUAAUUUGAGUAGAAAAGAUAAGCGUAAACAGGAAAGGGAAUCUAAAAAGAAGACUAAAACACAACAAAAGAGUAUACCAAAAUCAAAACCUCAAUCUCAAAAGACACAAUCUGCAUCAAAACCAAAAAAAUCAAACUCAAAAAAGAGUGUUAAGUUUGCAGAAGGAACAAAAGAGAAAGAUGCUGCAGAUGAGGAUGAUUUUGGUGGAUUUUCUGAUGAUGAUCUAGAAGAUGAAGAAGGUGAUGAUGCCUUACCGUUUGGUGAAGAUGAUAGUUUGAGUGAAGGUGAUUUUGAAGACUUUGAUGAAGACGAUUUUGACGAUGAAGAUGAAGGUGAUGAAGACCUUGAGGAAGGUGAUGAUGAUGGGGAAGAAAUGAAUGCAGAUGAUACAAUGAAGGCAUUGAUGGCUUUAAAAGCUAAAAAGGCUGCAAAAUCAAAUGGUUCAAAUGAGAGUGAUAAGAAAUCAAAAAAAUCUGAAGAACCUCAAUCAGUUGAAGAUACAAUGGCUGCAUUGAAAGCAGCAAAGGCAGCAAAAGCGAACAAGUCUAAGCAAGAACCAGAAACUGCUGAAGAUACCAUGGCUGCUUUGAAAGCUGCUAAAGCUGCAAAAGCUAAUAAAACUAAAGAAGACUCAAAACCAACUAAAGAAUCAAAAUCUAAAUCAGAUAAAAAAACAUCAGAGAAAGAAAAAGAAGAAAAAUAUGAAAGAUUCAUAUCCCCAGAAGAUGAUGCAUGGAUCAAGAGAUAUGAUGAAGAUGUUAAAUACUAUGCUAAAAAAUUAGGUUUGAAAGGGAAUAAAUUGAAACCAGCAAAAGAUGAUGAUGGUAUUGGAAGUUUACUUGAUGGUCUUGAUUUCUUGGAUGAAUAUGAUUAUGAUAAAGAAACAGGUGGUGAUUAUGAUGAUGAUGAAGAAGAAGGUGACCUUGAAGAUGAUUCUGAAGAAGAAGAUGAUGAAGAUGUACCAACUAAUCAAGGCAAAGACGACGACGAUGAUAAUGAUAACGAAGAUGGUGAACAAUUUGAUAAUCCAUUCAGUUCAGAUGAUGAAAUUAAUUCAUCUGAUUUUGAUUCAGAUAUUGAUCCAGAAGCUGAAGAUGAAGAUGAAGGUGAUGUUUUAAGACCAGCACCAAAGGAAAAUCCAUAUAUUGCACCAGUAGCACCAACUUCUAAAUAUAUUCCACCAGCAUUACGUCAACGUUUACAAGCUGGUGACUCUGAAGAAAUUACUAAAAUUAAGAAAUCAAUCAAAGGUCCAUUAAAUAAAUUAUCUGAAGCUAAUACUUUAACUAUUGUUAAUCAAAUUAAUUCAGUUUAUUCUGAAAGUCCAAGACAAUUAGUUACAGAAUGUUUAACCACUGUUGUUUUGGAAAGUAUUGUUCAACAAGCCACUUUAUUAGAUCAAUUUGUUAUUCAACAUGCUGCUUUAGCUGCUGCAAUUUAUAGAUUACAAGGUGUUGAAUUUGGUGCACAUUUCACACAAACAUUAGUGGAAAAAUAUGAAGAACAUUAUAAAGAAGGUCGUUCCAAGGAAGCUGGUAAUAUGUUGACAUUAUUGACUGCUUGUUAUUCAUUUCAAAUGAUUAGUUGUAAAUUGUUAUAUAAUAUUAUUGAAAUUUUAAUUCAAGAGAUUACUGAAAUGAAUUCAGAAUUAUUAUUAAGAUUAGUUAAGAAUGCAGGUCAACAAUUAAGAAAUGAUGAUCCAAAUGCACUUAAAGAUAUUAUAAUUACAUUACAUGCUAAUGUUUCUAAACAAGAAACAAAUACAAGAACUAAAUUCUUAGUGGAAACAAUUACAAAUUUAAAAAAUAAUAAAUCAAGAUUUAAUAAUGAAGUUGCUCAACAAUUAAUUACAAGAAUGAAGAAAGUUUUAGCAACAAUUAAUAAUAAUAAAUUUCAUGACCCAUUACAUGUUUCAUUAGAUGAUAUUCAUAAUAUUAAGACUAAAGGUAAAUGGUGGUUAGUUGGUUCUGCAUGGAAGGGGAAUUUAGCAAAUGGUGGUGAUGGUAUUAAUGGUAAUAAAGAUGAAGAAUUAUAUGAUAAAGAUGAAAUGAAUGAAAUUAUUGAUAGUGCAGAACCAAAUUGGAUGGAAUUAGCAAGAGCACAAAGAAUGAACACAGAUAUUAGAAGAGCAAUUUUCAUAAGUAUAAUGUCAUCACAAGAUUAUAUUGAAGCAUUUACAAAAUUAGAUAAAUUAAGAUUGAAAAAAAGUCAAGAACGUGAAAUUCCAAAAAUUUUAUUACAUUGUGUUACAAUUGAAAAAAUUUCAAAUCCUUAUUAUUCAUUAUUAGCUAUAAAAUUAUGUUCAUCACAUAGUUUAAGAAAAACUUUUCAAUUUUGUUUUUGGGAUUUCUUAAAAGAUCUUGAAGGUGAAGAUGAUGAAAGUGGAGAUGAAGAUUAUUUUAAAAAUUUAAAUACUGAUUUAGUUGGACAAGAUGAUCAAUUUCAAUUACAAAGAAUUUUGAAUAGUGGUAAAUUCUUUGGUGCUUUAAUUGCAGAAGGUUCAUUACCAUUACAUUCAUUGAAAAAUGUUAAUUUCUUAACAAUCAAUUCAGAUACAAGUUUAUUUAUUGAAAUUUUAAUGGUUACAUUUUUCGAUAAGAUUGGUAAAAAAUCUGAAGUUUCAUUAUUUGGUCAAGGUUCUAAAAAAUCUAAAGCUAGUGAUUUAAAAUUUCAAGAUAAUUUAAUUGUUGGUAUAAUAGCUAAAUGUGAAACUCAAAAAGCCAUGUUGAGAGGAUUACAAUAUUUCUUACAAGAGAAAGUUAAAAGUAGUGAUAUUGUUAAUGGUAAGAAGCAACAAAAGAGAGUUGAUUGGGGUGUUGAUUGUGUUUGUGAUAUUGCAGAUGAGUAUUUGAAAUGA